AUGGAAAUAUUGGCUCCAAAUCUCCACCAACAUGAGCAGGCUGGCCCUGGUGGAGCCCAUAGGAUGAUGACGGCCUAUGCUGCUUUAAUCCUGGACUCCAUGCAGAAGUACGAGAACAGUUCAGUUCUGGCUUUAUGGUCUGUGGAGGCACUCAUCACUUUGUUUCGCGCGGGUGAUGCCUACCAGCAAGCGGAGUUUUGCGUGCCUUUCUUUCGGGCAUUCGUCAGCGUGGCAUUGCGCUUCCGGGACGUGAAUGUGCCCAACCUUCACCUGCGCCUUUUGCAAGGCAUGGCGGACGUGGUUAGCCCUGACUGUCGCCUCUGUGACACAGGGCUCAUCGACUACAUCAUUGGCCAGCUAGACCGAAGCCGGAACAAGCUUAACACCCUGACUGUGGAGCACGCCCUUGCGAUUCUUUGUGUUCUCCGAUCACCUCACCGAGUGAGCGAGCAGAUUCGGCAUUGCCUGCUGGUCAUUCGUGGUCUCAAAUCUGAGCCGCACUUAUGCACUCGA